CUCCGCUAUCGAACGGCUGAUCGGGAUUUUUGUGACUUUUUAAUUGAAAAUCUGGAUUAUCAAUUCUGACCAGUCUUUGCAAGCCGAUCACGAGGAAGAUGUUCAGAAGUUUUCAAUCAUUUCUUUGCCAAUCGUGUAUCGUAUUAUGGGACACCCAGUACACGUUUCGAGUACCUUAUGUAUCUUUCAUCACCUGCACCUGUUUGUAGAAAGUUUCUGAUGAUCUGGUAUGUUCCUCGGAAGAUCGGUCGCGUCGCGAGAGUUUACUCGUCUCCGUAAGGCGCGAAAAAUGUUUGCGGUCCGAUCGACCGCAAGUAGAGUGUAAAAUGGUGCAUGUCGCAUAUACCGUGGCACCUAACAAGCAGGCCAUUGUAAUGGAUUGCAAAACGAGCAUGAAAAUGUGGUUGAACAUUUGAUAGUAAGAAGAAUACCGUACCAAGAAGGAUAUUACCUUAAAAUUCGUGGUAUUCGUUCGGUAAUAUUUUAUAUUUGUUGCUAACAAAAGAAAGCUGUGUCAAUAUCGAUCCCCUUCCUUGUCGCGAGAUUAUUCGUGAUCUAUAAUCUCGUUUCGAGAAUAAUUCUGAUCGAUUUCUGACACCUCGCGGAUGCCGAUAAGUUAAUGGCAGGCUGGUGUCAAGCUCGGGAACAAAGUCCAAACUGCAACGGUGAAUUCUCUUUGCCGAAUGCAAAGAUAGACGGGGGAGUGACGCGAAGGGGAAUAGUAGACGCAGUACGAAAGAGAAUGGAAGAAGAAACGAAGAGGAGGACCCCGGCGAAAGAUGUUUAAAAACUGGUUCCUUCCACCGAUUUCUUUUCACCUUAUUUGCUAAUCCAAAUUCUGAUUUCCAUAUAUCCGCGUAUACGGUAUCCCAGCCCCGGGGAGAUCGAUAUAUCGGCUGCUAGACCGUAAAAUAUGUCGACAAGGCGGCCUUUGAUUUGCCUAAGAUAAAUACCAGAUAUUUAUCAGAGAGAAUCGUGUCUAUCUUUAAUGAAAUCAUCCGCAAGCUUACCCAAGUACCUUUUUAUCUUCGAUACUACUUGAGAAAAAUUAUAUUUGCAAUUCUUUAAUACUUUAUUAGGAAAGUUCAUAAGAGCGAUUAGGAGAAAUGAAAAAUACGAUGUAAAGAGCGAUCGAUCGAUUCCGCGAAUCAUUGUGCACGCACCCUUAUCCCCGAACGUAUCGGGACCCCUUAAAAGAUAGAGAUCUUGCUCGCGGUCCCACGGCAAGAAGACGACGGGCUGCUGUGGGGCCUUUUCUCAUUGAGUCAGUCAGUCAGUCAGUCAGUUUGCCGCAGAGACGCGGCCCGUACGCACGUGUGUAUGCGCGUCUUGUCGACUCGAAUCUUGGUGCAACCGUGCCGGCUGCAUUAUCGACGGAGCGAACUUGGGAGGCAAAGAGCAUCGGCAAUUGGUCGUCGGUCAACCGGUCAGGUUCCCCGCUUGCUUCUUCGUUCGAUCUCAAAGUUGAUCCUUGUCUCGAAUACCGCACCGGGUCUCCUUAGGGCCCUGUGUGUCAGCCUCGUUAGGUUCCGUGCGUGAGAACGUGCCCGUUUCGAGUCUCGAGUACCCCCUCGUGAAAUCCGAAAUUUCACGGGUCGAAUCGCGGCGUGUUCCCUCGACCCGAUACAUCUAACGCAUAUCGAAACGAGAGGACACGCGCAGAAACGAAACGCAGCAGGACCGUGGAGAGAGAUAGAUUUACGUAGCGCCGCGAAAGGGGGGCUAGUCGUAAACCGUGCAACACCUGGCGGCAGGUCGUUAAUUAUGCAGUGGGCCGCAGCCGCCCUGGCCCUGGCCUCGGCGGCGAUCGUUCUGCUCCUGGAAACGGCGGCCGCGAGACAUCACCAUCGUUCCGGCAAUGGGCACAAACCGUCCGGUGACAUAUCCCUUUGGAUCGACCAGCAACAGAUCAAAAUGUUCAGCGGAGUUGAGAUGGAAAUAUUCGCGAUUACCGAAGGUAGAGUCUUGUCUUAUCUCCUUGAUCCUGAUUUCGAAAGUAAACUUCCGAUUAUUCCGAGCGAAGUAACUUACGUGAAUUUCACAUGGAAAUCUGGUGUUAAAAAGUACUAUUAUAAUUUUUAUCGGCUUAAAUCGUUCGACGAGUCGAUCCUUAAGACGCCGUCUAUCACGAUCAAAACUCAAGGAAGAGUACCGAAGAGACCUAAGGAAUUCAGCGUCCUGAUGCCCUGUUCCGGUAACAGUUCUGGCAUUGCACAAUUGGCUAUCGGACUGAUGAUCGAAACACGCAAGGGGAAACCUUUAAACGGAACACCCCUUCGUCUUAAUCUGAGAAAAGAAUGCACCGUGCGCGAACCUAAUCCUGGACCUUGUCCUGAUGGAUAUCUGGGCCCUCCACACUGCAAAAAGGCAUUGUGUUAUCCAAAUUGUAUGAAUGGUGGUAAUUGUACAGCACCUGGUAUUUGUUCAUGCCCGCCAGGAUUUCAAGGCCCGUAUUGCGAAGGAGGUAUAUGUGCAGAGAAAUGUUUAAACGGUGGGAAAUGUGUACAGAAAGAUACUUGCGAAUGUCCAAAAGGUUACUUUGGAUUACGGUGUGAAUUCUCAAAGUGUGUAAUACCCUGUUUGAAUGGAGGAAAGUGUAAAGGGAAUAAUGUAUGCAGAUGUCCUGCUGGUUUCAAAGGAGACCAUUGUGAGAUCGGUAGACGAUCUCCACAACGUUCUGCGUGUACAAGAGCAUGCAGAAAUGGGACUUGUCAACCUGAUAACACGUGUCUUUGUGAACCUGGUUGGUUUGGAAAGUUGUGCAACAAAAAUAAGCCAUGGGCUUGAAACUAGAAACAUGUUUCAUUGGUGGUAUUACGUCUGUUAUCAAUUGGAUUAAUAAGAAAGGGUUUCUUAUUUGAUUUGAAAUUACAGGUCUUAAAAUAUUGAAUUUUAUUUCAAUUGGGUUUGAUUUCUAAAGAUAUAUCUUUGUGUUAAAAGUUAUUUAAAAAUCCAAUUGGUUAGUACCACUCAAAUUAAUAUGUAUAGUAAUUUACCCCACCCCAAAUGUGAUAUGUAAAGCUGCUUUACAACAUUUUAUACUAUUAAAUAUUAUUUUUAAUAAUUUA